AUGGCAGACUGUGUUAUGGAAAUUAUUAACGACUAUGGAAUUGCCUCCAAGGUGGGCUAUUUCAUGAUGGACAAUGCAGACAACAACGGUACAAUGAUGAAGGCUCUUUCUACGCUACUUUUCGACCAGUAUCAGAUUGUCUACAAUGCGGAACACUACCGCCUGCGCUGCAACGGCCAUAUCAUAAACCUAGCCGCUCAGUCCUUUCUCUUUCAGACCAACAAUGAAUCUCCUGCGGAUGAGAACAAUACGAGCGCCUUAACAACGCCCACGGAACUCGAGAUGGAGCAAUGGCGACGAAAGGGGCCUCUUGGGAAACUACAUAAUAUCGUGGCAUAUAUCCAGCGGAGCCCACAACGCUUGGCCAAUUUCAGAGAGCUUAGUGGCGGCCGCAACCUCGUACGGGACAACUCUACUCGCUGGAACUCUUGGUAUGCGAUGAUCUGUACUGCAACGAAGCUCAAGACUGCGAUCAACCUCUUUUGCCACCAGUAUCAAGAGAACAGCGACGACCUGUUGUCGGAAAAGGACUUGCAAGGAUUGCAAAAGCUCCAGGACUUCCUGUUGUUCUUCUAUGAUGCCACCACAGGGACAGAAGGUCGCGAUGCAACCAUUGACAGAGUAUUGCCGACAAUGGACUUCCUCCUUGAGCAGUUGAGACUGCAAAGGAAAAAUAUGCGGAUGACCCGUUCAUGA